UUGACUUGAUGAAGGGAGGAGUUUAACUGUAUGUCGAACUACACACUGCCCCAGGGUAAUACGUAGGGAGGACAGAACAGUGAAACAACGGCUGCACAGCAGGCAGGACAAGCUAGGAGCUACACUGCAAGUGCAGGCAAUCUUUAAAUUCAGCCAUUGCUACUAAGUCACGGUAGCCCAGAGAAGCCACAGCAGCUACAGCAGGCUGAAGACUUCUCCAUUAUUGUAUAAUGUCACAGAAACGGACACCCUCACUAACAACAAGGUCCCAAGUCUCGGGUUCCUCCCAGCGCUCAUCUGUCAUCAAUGCGGCCGCAAUUGCCCGCGCGAAGGCAGAAGCAGCCAAGGCCCGAGUCUCCUUUGCAGAAAGGGAGAUGGAGGCAAAAACAGAAAAAGCACGCCUAGAAGCAGAGAAUGCACGCUUAGAAGCGUCUCUAGAAAAGCUGGCCAUAGAGAAGGAAGCUGCAGCAGCCAUAGCUGAAGCAGAAGCUCUAGAGGCAAUCGUAUACCCUGACAGCGAAAGACACAGCAGGGCACCAGAUCUAGAGAUUGAAGGUCAAGACCCACUGCAGCGCACCUCUGAGUAUGUCCAGCAGCACUCCAAACAAAACACAGAUUCUCUUUCAGCACAAGAACCAGGUCAACACGCUACCAGAGAGCCAGACCAACAAUGCUAUACGACUCAAGAAGUCAGCAGCAAGUCACAAGUGCACCAGAGAGGUAACACAGAGCAAAAUGAUCCUGCUUAUGGCACUCACAUCAGCUGGGUACCCAAGCCUACGGGUAACCCUACAACUACUUCCUCUGAUAUGUUAAGGCGGUAUGUCACAAGUCAGCCUAAAGAAGAACCUCCAGACAGGUAUGAUUACACAACACCUUCUCACUAUAACACUCAUCCACCUACCUACCAUGGUGCCAACCAGGCCACAAUGGACUUUGCCAAGUUCUUUGCCCGGCGUGAGUUAAUCACCAAAGGACUUGUAAAGUUUAACGACCGCCCAGAAGGCUUCAGAGCCUGGCGAUCCUCCUUUCAAAACACGAUCAGAGACUUAGACCUAUCAUACAGUGAGGAGAUAGACCUACUUAUCAAAUACUUAGGCACUGAGUCUGCAGAGCAUGCCAAAAGGAUCAGGGUGAUCAACAUAAACCACCCAGAGACUGGUCUCAAGAUGAUCUGGCACAGACUUAACGAGUGUUAUGGUUCAGCAGAGGUAGUAGAGAAUGCCCUCUUCAAAAGAAUUGAUGAUUUCCCUAAAAUAUCCAAUAAAGGUUACCAAAAACUUAGGGAACUAAGUGACCUGUUAAUGGAACUUCAGGUUGCUAAAGCCGAAGGAGACUUACCAGGACUUGCAUUCCUGGACACAGCCAGAGGUGUUAACCCCAUAGUGCAAAAGCUACCCUACAACUUGCAAGAACGGUGGAUGGUACAUGGGUCUAAAUUCAAACAAACAUACAAUGUCACAUUUCCCCCCUUCACUGUGUUUGUGGACUUUGUAUACCAGCAAGCCAAGAUGAGGAAUGACCCCAGUUUUGAUCUCACUCUGCCACAUGCCACCCCUUCAGUACCUAAUACUCGCAAAGCAGUAACAGUUCACAAAACUAAUGUUUCCUCUUUAGGUUCUUUCCACAGGUCUGCUGACAGCUCUCAGGAGGAGACAAACAACAAAGACCCUGGUAAGCAGUGUCCCCUACACCAAAGGCCUCACCCUCUUCUGAAAUGCAGAGCCUUCAGAGGAAAGUCCAUAGAUGACCGCAAAGCCUUCCUAAAGGAAAACCACAUCUGCUACAAGUGCUGCUCAUCAACAUCUCACCUUGCCAAGGACUGUAAGGAGAGAGCUAUCCCUGCGCUAAGGAUGAUGAUCAUUUGGGUUGCAACGUGUUCCAGAGAUCCAAAAAUGACAAUCAACUUUCCCUUUCCAUAGAGGACAAAAUCUUCCUGGAAAU